AUGGUCAUAAACUACACUCACAACAGGGACGCUCAGGUCACACCAGGGACGCUCAGGUCACACCAGGGACACUCAGGUCACACCAGGGACACUCAGGUCACACCAGGGACGCUCAGGUCACACCAGGGACACUCAGGUCACACCAGGGACACUCAGGUCACACCAGGGACACUCAGGUCACACCAGGGACACUCAGGUCACACCAGGGACGCUCAGGUCACACCAGGGACACUCAGGUCACACCAGGGACACUCAGGUCACACCAGGGACACUCAGGUCACACCAGGGACGCUCAGGUCACACCAGGGACGCUCAGGUCACACCAGGGACGCUCAGGUCACACCAGGGACACUCAGGUCACACCAGGGACACUCAGGUCACACCAGGGACACUCAGGUCACACCAGGGACACUCAGGUCACACCAGGGACACUCAGAGGGAGGGGGGGGGAGUGGUUUGGUGGGGAGGGAGGGGGGGGGGAGUGGGGGGGGGGGGGGGGGGGGGGGGGGGGGGGGGGGGGGGGGGGGGGGGGGGGGGGGGGGGUGGGGGGGGGGGGGGGGGGGGGGGGGGGGGGGGUGGGGGGGGGGGGGGGGGGGGGUGGUUGGUGGGGGGGGGGGGGGGGGGGGGUGGGGGGGGGGGGGGGGGGGGGGGGGGGGGGGGGGGGGGGGGGGGGGGGGGGGGGGGGGGGGGGGGGGGGGGGGGGGGGGGGGGGGGGGGGGGGGGGGGGGGGGGGGGGGGGGGGGGGGUGGGGGGGGGGGGGGGGGGGGGGGGGGGGGGGGGAGGGGGGGGGGGGGGGAGAGGGGGGGGGGGGGGAGUGGUUUGGUGGGGAGGGGGGGGGGGGGGGGUGGGGAGAGGGAGGGGGGGGGGGGGGGUUUGGUGGGGGGGAGGGAGGGGGGGGGGGUUUGGUGGGAGGGAGGGGAGGGGGGGGGUGGUUUGGUGGAGAGGGAGGGGGGGGGGGGGUGGGGGGGGGGGGGGGGGGGGGGGGGGGUUUGGGGGGGGGGGGGGGGGGGGGGGUGGUUGGUGGGGGGGAGGGGGGGGGGGGGUGGUUUGGUGGAGGGGGGGGGGGGGGGGGUGGUUGGUGGGGGGGGAGGGGGGGGUGGGUGGAGGGGGGGGGGGGGGGGGGGGGGGGGGGGGGGGGGGGGGGGGGGGGGGGGGGGGGGUGGAGGGGGGGGGGGGGGGGGUGGGGGGGGGUGGGAGGGGGGGGGGAGUGUUUGGUGGAGGGGGGGGGGGGGGGGGGGGGGGUGGGGGGGGGGGGGGGGGGGGGGGUGGGUUUGGUGGGGGGGGAGGGGAGGGGGGGGGUUGGGGGAGGGGGGGGGGGGGUGGUUUGGUGGAGGGGAGGGGGGGGGGGUGGUUUGGGGAGAGGGGGGGGGGGGGGGGGGGGGGGGGGGGGGGGGAGGGGGGGGGGGGGGGGUGGGGGGGGGGGGGGGAGUGGUUUGGUGGAGAGGGGGGGGGGGGGGGGGGUGGUUUGGGGGGGAGGGGGGGGGGGGGGGAGGGGGGUUUGGGGGGGGGGGGGGGAGGGGGGGGGGGGUGGGGGGGGGGGGGGGGGGGGGGGGGGGGGGAGGGGGGGGGGGGGGGGGUUUGGGGGGGAGGGGGGGGGGGGGGUGGUUUGGUGGAGAGGGGGGGGAGGGGGGGGUGGUUUGGUGGAGGGGAGGGGAGGGGGGAGGGGUUUGGGGGGAGGGGGAGGGGGGGGGGAGUGGUUUGGUGGAGGGGGGGGGGGGGGGUGGUUUGGUGGAGAGGGGGGGGAGGGGGGGGGGGGGUGGGGAGGGAGGGGGGGGGGGGGGGGUUUGGUGGAGAGGGAGGGGGGGGGGGGGGUGGUUUGGUGGAGGGGGGGGGGGGGGGGUUUGGUGGAGAGGGGGGGGAGGGGGGAGUGGUUUGGUGGAGAGGGAGGGGAGGGGGGGGUGGUUUGGUGGAGAGGGAGGGGGGGGUGGGGGUGGUUUGGUGGAGAGGGAGGGGAGGGGGGGUGGUUUGGUGGAGGGGGGGGGAGGGGGGAGUGGUUUGGUGGGGGAGGGGAGGGGGGGGGGGGGGGGGGGGGGGUGGAGAGGGGGGGGGGGGAGGGGGGUGGAGGGGGGGGGGGGAGUGGUUUGGUGGAGAGGGAGGGGGGGGGGGAGUAGUUUGGUGGAGAGGGAGGGGGGGGGGGGGUGGGGGGUGGGAGGGGGGGAGGGGGAGUGGUUUGGUGGGGAGGGAGGGGAGGGGGGAGUGGUUUGGUGGAGAGUGAGGGGAGGGAGGGGGGGUGGGUUUGGUGGAGAGGGAGGGGGGGGGGAGUGGUUUGGUGGAGAGGGAGGGGAGGGGGGAGUGGUUUGGUGGAGAGGGAGGGGGGAGGGGGGGUGGUUUGGUGGAGAGGGAGGGGGGGGGGAGUGGUUUGGUGGAGAGGGGGGGGGGGGGGGGUGGUUUGGUGGGGAGGGAGGGGGGGGGGGAGUGGUUUGGUGGAGAGGGAGGGGGGGGGGAGUGGUUUGGUGGAGAGGGAGGGGGGGGGGGGGUUUGGUGGAGAGGGAGGGGGGGGGGGGUUGGUUUGGUGGAGAGGGAGGGGAGGGGGGGUGGUUUGGUGGAGAGGAGGGAGGGGAGGGGGGAGUGGUUUGGUGGAGAGGGAGGGGAGGGGGGGUGGUUUGGUGGAGAGGGAGGGGAGGGGGGGAGUGGUUUGGUGGAGAGGGAGGGGGGGGGGAGUGGUUUGGUGGAGAGGGAGGGGGGGGGAGUGGUUGGUGGAGAGGGGGAGGGGGGAGUGGUUUGGUGGAGAGGGAGGGGAGGGGGGAGUGGUUUGGUGGAGAGGGAGGGGGAGUGGUUUGGUGGGAGAGGGAGGGGGGAGUGGUUUGGUGGAGAGGGAGGGGAGGGGGAGUGGUUUGGUGGAGAGGGAGGGGGGAGUGGUUUGGUGGAGAGGGAGGGGGGAGUGGUUUGGUGGAGAGGGAGGGGAGGGGGGAGUGGUUUGGUGGAGAGGGAGGGGGGAGUGGUUUGGUGGAGAGGGAGGGGGGGAGUGGUUUGGUGGAGAGGGAGGGGGGGAGUGGUUUGGUGGAGAGGGAGGGGAGGGGGGAGUGGGGUUUUGGUGGAGAGGGAGGGAGGGGGGAGUGGUUUGGUGGAGAGGGAGGGGGGAGUGGUUUGGUGGAAGGGAUGUGA